GGGGUUUGCCUUCGAGACUUUAGUAGUCGCCUGGUAGAGUAGCUCGGCCGGGGCUCGCGACUUAGUCGCACACGGUAGUGCGUUCGUUAUGAGCGGUGCGUUUAGUUGCGGUGCGUGACAUGACAGUUGCAGUGAAAUUGGUUUUGUUGGUGAUUUUCAUUGGAGGAGGUGAUAUUCUUUCUGUGUGUUCAUUCCAUGCACUGGAAACAUCACGGAUUCACUAUGUGGCCUCGUUGGAGAACGAAGGUGGUCAAUUUUGCUCGGGAUGUGUCCUCGGCACGCGGUGGAUCCUGACUCUGGCCAGCUGUGUACGACACGUGUCACCUGUCGAUAUAUCCGUUGGGAUUCAACCUCAGGAUUCCAGUUCCAGUGGGCACCACGAGAAGGUCCAGAAUAUCUACGUCCAUCCGAGUGGUAAAACCAAGAAGGAAGGUUUGGCAAUCCUCAAGCUGAAACGGUCCAUGAACUGGGUCAAUCGAACACUGCCGAUUGCGGUUAUGGACAACUAUCAUGAUCUGACGAGCGUUAGUCAGUGUAUCAUGCUGGGGUGGAAUCGAAAUAGAGAGGAUUCAAUUUUGGCGGAGAAUGUUCAGCUCAACUGUACAAAUAGCACAAAAGGAACGUUCUGUGUUCAUGAUCAUAAGGCAAAGUUCUGCGAGUUUCAUCGAGGGAGUCCACUAAUCUGCAAAACUGGCGAAAUAUUUCAAACGGUCUCACUUUUGUCCAACACCAGCCAAUGUUUGGACCAAAAUGUGACGGAGAUGUUCACGCCUGCAGUCGAGUAUUCAACCUGGAUUACGAGCAUAGUGACUGAAAACUGUAGUAUGCUGCAGACAGAUCAAAAUCAUUCGUGGAGACUCUCAAAGUUUAAUUGGUUAACUUUAGCGAUACUGUUCUUCAUAGCAAGUGUGAUUAUAUUUAUUAAAGUGUUAAGAUCUGGAUUCAAAAUAUAAAGCCUUAAGU